AUGUCUUCCUCACCGUUUCUAGACAAUCCUGGGUUUGAAUACUCCAGAGAAGUCUCUUCCGAUGAAACUGAACGAAGUUACAAGCAGAUGAUUUCCAAAUUGAAAUAUCAAUUAGCAUCUGCUCGCACGGAGGCCGAACUCUUGGAAAAACAGAAAUAUUCCAUGGUAUCCAGCUAUGAGGAAGCUUUACUCAAAAAGAGCGAAGAGCUCAGCCAGCUCCAGACUAAUUUUGAUUACCUUUUUGAAGAGAAAAAACUGCUUGAAUCCAAACUUGACAACCAGAGCCAGAUCAACUUGACGUCGAUAAGAUCGUUGAAUGAGACCGUGGAUCGCCUCACCAAGGAUAACCAUAGCCUUACUAGCAAGUAUAACGAACUCGAGUCAAAGCAUAGUAGACUAGUACGCAAAUACGAUCAAGUACGCUCAGACUUCAACUUCCAGCUAGAAGCCAACGACCAAUUGGAUUCUCAGAUUACAAAUCUCAAGUCAACCAUAACAUCCUUGCAUCGUACCAAUGACCAAUUGGUAGAAGAAAUGAACCAGUAUUCCAAUAAACUAAGUGACGACUCUUCUUUGAAUAAAAUGAUAGAGAACUUGCAUACCAAGAAUGCAACAUUACAGAAUAUAAAUAACCAGCUCCAACUGAGAUUAGACAUACUUCUUCAGAACAAAACAUCGAACGAAUUACUCAAACUGAAAAACACAUCACUACAGAGUAAAGUGCAAUAUCUUGAAGGAAUAGAAGAGAAAUACUACCAAUUGGAAAUACAAAAAUUAGAGGCUGAAAGACGUUUCAAUGAUUUCUUCAACAUUAUUAACGAGUGUGUGAAAGAUAGCGAAGAAAUCGAUGACGACUCCACCAGUGGAACCAAAGUCAAGAGCUUCAUUGAGACCUUCAAACAAUUGCAGUACAAAUAUCUUGUCUACAAAGAAAAGUAUGAUGAAUCGCAAUCCGUAGUGAAAGACUUGAGAGCUGAAAUUGAUGCCCAAGUGAAGUACCAAGAAGAGACAUUGGGACCUGAAAUGGAAAGGUUGACAGCAGCCUUGAAGUCUCAGCAUGAAGUUCAAUCCAAGUUAGAAAGGCAGAAACAACUCAACGUUAUUGAAAUCGAAUUCUUGAGAAAACUGCUAAAAGAAUUAGAUGAGCUUACAGCAAAAAAAGAAAAGGACUCACAGGAUAAUAAAGCCACUAAUGAAUAUUUGACUAAUUUAGAGAAGUUGGUAGAUGACUACAAGAAGGAGAUCAACUCGUUACAAAAGCAACUCCAAGAUUUAACGAAGGAAAAUGUACACAACGGUAAUAAGAGACAGAAAGUAACUCCAAAUUCUAAUCAAGGUACAUUUUCUCAGAUAGCUAGCUUGGAAAAAGAGAACCUUCAUUUAUCAACUCAGAUCAAGCAAUUACAGGGUACCUUACAAAAUUUACAAAACAAGGUGGAAGAGGAACAUACGAUCAACUUGAAGAAACAACAAUUACAGCUGCUUCAGUAUAAAGGCAAUUUGUUGGCUAAAGACCAAAUUGUGAAGAAACAGACCUUGGAUGCUCUCAAGAAAGAAAAUGAAGACUUGAUUGCCAAAUACAUCAGAAAUGAGACUGUUGAUGAUUUGAUUCCAAGAUCCAUAUUUGAAAGACAAGAAAACGACAAAAUGAUUUUGCAAACAAAAAUUGACCAAUUGACAAAUAGAAACAUGAGACUCAGGGAUGUCUACGCUAAAAAGAGCAAAGAUAUUCUAGCUAUAAUAUCCAAGUACUUUGGGUAUACGAUUCUGUUUCUUCCGAACCCGUUAAAUCCUAAUGAUUUGUCUUCCAGGAUAAAGUUAGUCUCUCGUUAUUCUUAUAAAGAUUCCAAAGACUAUCUUGUCAUAGAUAUCGAAGCUAAAAGUUUGAAGGCUUAUGGUGAUCUGGAAUUUAAGACACUUUGCGAGCAAUUGCUGUCAACAUGGGUAAAGGACAAGGACCAGAUUCCUUGUCUCUUGAGUGCCUUGAACUUAAAAACAUACGAUUCGAUGAUUCAUUAA